ACAAAUACUGAAGACCUCCAAGAGGCUUUCUGACCUUCCUCUCCCCAUGUAAAUUAUGCUGAGAACCUUUCCAGUGGUUCUGCUGGAAACCAUGUUUCACUACACUGAUGAACCCAGAUUUACCAUAGAGCAAAUAGAUCUACUUCAACGCCUGCGGCGUACUGGUAUGACACGGCACGAAAUCCUCCAUGCUUUGGAAACCUUUGACCGUCUUGACCAGGAACACAGUGACAAGUUUGGGCGGCGCUCUGCCUAUGGGAGUGGAUCCUGUAGUAACAGCACCAACAAUGUUCCAGCGUCUUCCUCUACAGCCACAGCUUCCACACAGACCCAGCAUUCUGGGAUGUCCCCAUCUCCUAGCAACAGUUAUGAUACCUCCCCACAACCUUGCACUACCAAUCAAAAUGGGAGGGAGAGUAACGAGAGGCUGUCUGCCUUCAAUGGGAAGAUGUCACCUACACGUUACCCUCUGGCAAAUAGCAUGGCUCAAAGGUCAUAUAGCUUUGAAGCCUCUGAGGAGGACUUGGAUGUAGAUGAUAAAGUAGAAGAAUUGAUGAGGAGGGACAGCAGCGUGAUAAAAGAGGAAAUCAAAGCCUUCCUGGCCAACCGGAGGAUUUCGCAAGCAGUUGUUGCACAGGUUACAGGCAUCAGUCAGAGUCGGAUCUCCCACUGGCUGUUGCAACAGGGAUCAGACCUGAGUGAGCAAAAGAAAAGGGCCUUUUACCGAUGGUAUCAGCUUGAGAAAUCAAAUCCAGGGGCUACAUUAAGCAUGAGACCAGCCCCUAUUCCAGUUGAAGAGCCAGAAUGGAGACAGACUCCUCCGCCAGUCACAGCUACCUCUGGGACUUUCCGCUUGCGACGCGGCAGUCGGUUUACCUGGAGAAAGGAAUGUUUGGCUGUCAUGGAAAGCUACUUCAAUGAGAAUCAAUAUCCUGAUGAGGCCAAGAGAGAAGAAAUUGCAAAUGCCUGUAAUGCAGUUAUUCAGAAGCCAGGAAAGAAGCUGUCAGAUCUGGAGCGAGUUACUUCCCUCAAAGUGUACAAUUGGUUUGCCAAUAGAAGGAAGGAAAUCAAAAGGCGAGCCAAUAUUGCAGCAAUCCUGGAGAGUCAUGGGAUAGAUGUACAAAGUCCCGGAGGCCACUCCAACAGUGACGACGUAGACGGAAAUGACUAUUCAGAGCAGGAAACUUGGCAAGUACGCAAUGGGGAGGAGGAGGGAAGAUGUACAGAGGGAGGCAGAGAAGCAGAGAAGUUAGAAGAAGACAGGAGGAUCUGCUCAAAACAAGAUGACAGCACUAGCCAUAGCGACCACCAAGACCCUAUCUCACUAGCCGUGGAGAUGGCAGCGGUAAAUCACACCAUUCUGGCGUUGGCCCGGCAAGGAACCAGCGAGAUCAAAACAGAGGCCCUGGAUGAUGACUGAUGACGCGAUGGAGGGGGAGGGCUCCCAGAUGAGAAAGUAACUUAGUUUUAGACGUAGCACCUUAGCAGCCUUUUUCCUGGUCCCUAAUAUGUGUCCUUCUUUACAAUAUAACUUUGCAGUCUCUUGUACGUCAAGUUUGCCGUUUAGGGUCUUGUCCUGUGAAGAUGGCAUGGUGCCCUCUGACUCUGCG